AUGAUGGCGUCUCUGAAAGAGUCCUUGGCUGGUCCAGGAUAUGUCGUCUUGAACGCUAUUCGAGUCUUGAAUAUAAUUGUUUUUCUGGACAUCAUCGCCGCCAAUGUGGUCAUGCUGGUGAAGAUCUCGCUGUUGAACAGCUUUUUCUUUUUCGAGGCGGUCACCCACGCCAUGGUGGCCGGAGUCAGCAUCUUUCUAAUUAUCUCCGAACUUCCCUUCCUCCGCGGAUAUUUUGAUCGCAACUGGCCAUUGCUGGGUCAAGAAUCCGGAUUUAUCGCGCUGGCUAUCGUGAUGAUGAUGCUGGGCAUCAGCGUUCUGGGCGAUCUCAACACCCCGGCCACCAGUCAGGAGUCUCUGGGGCUUGCGUUCUGGCGUAUAGUGCUCUCUGCGGGCAUCCUGGCCAUGGUCAUGAGCGUGGUCAAUGUGAUUUCGAGUUUCCUCUUCACGAACCGUGAUGCUGGUGUGAGCGCGCGUCAUGUCCGGGUUUACGGAGCGGUUGCACCACAGAAGGUUGUCACGCGAAAUGGUAGCCAGCGGUCUCUUCAGCUGGGUCUGAAACGGGAAGACUCGCUGCCCACUUAUAGCCCUCAUUCUCCGGUGAGAAGGCAGUCGUCCAUACGGAGCAUGUCUCGAUUUCCCCUGAAGAUCUCUCGUCCGGUGAAUCCGGUGAACUUGAACGAUGCGGCGUCGUCCAAAUACUCCAGGGAUUCAUCGGGGGUUGCUAUCCCGAACCUGGCGCAUCACCCUGCAAUGCAAUCAAACCAUGUCUGA